CUCCAGGGGAAAAGUGUUGGGAGAUCUACAAAGUGGAUUUUUUUUUCCUCUCUUUUCUGUUUUUUUUUCCCCCCUUUCCUCCUGUUUUUUACCGCUCCUUUGCAGACUUUGCAACAAAACACUCCAACUUUGCAGAACACUUUUUUCUUUUUUUUUUUUUGCCUUUUUUUUGGCUUUUUUUUUUCCCGACUUUUUUUGCCUUUGCAAAUCUCGGAAGAGGAAAGUGGGAGGGUUGAACUGAGCCGAUCGAAACACAACUUUGCUUCAUACCAAGCUUCCCAGCACCUCGCUGCGUCGAGAGAGACUUUUUUUUUUUUCCCCCCUUCUCCUGCAGAAGAAGAGAGGGAAGGGGAGAUUUGCAUCCCCUCUUCCUUCUCCUGCAUCCCUAUCUCCCUCCCCUCGCCUUGACCGCUUUGAUGCAUUAAUAGCGGGACACUGGUUUUCAAGGAACUUUUUGCUCCCUUCCCAACCUGCCUUUGGGAAGAGUGUGUGUGUGUGUGUGUGUGUCUGUGUGAGUGUGUGAACUCGCCGUCCCACCCACCCAAUCCCCCCCGGCUCCCCCGCGCCUCCUCCUGCAACCUGUAGGCUCUGCAACCCCUGCAGGCUUUUCUCCCUUUCCCCCCUGCCUGCCCUCCCUCUCUCUUUUUUUUCCUGCCCUCUCGCGGAUCGCGGUACGAAUUCUCCCUUUCGAGGCGAGAAAAAGCUGAAAGGAGAAAAGGAAAAAAAGGAGAAAAAGAAAAAAAAAAAAAAAGCAAACCUAGACGCCCCCCCCCCAACGCAAAAGAAAAGCAGGAGGGUCUCGCACCCCCAGAAUAAACCCCAGCGUGGGGCGCCUGCAAGGAGGGGCUGCGCUUCCCGAACCUCUUCCCUUUUGAAAUUUUUCUUUUUUUCUAUAUUUUAAUUUUUUUUUUGUCCCCCCCGAAGGGGUAAGCGGGACAGCAAGCACCGCCCGCCCCGUCCGGCAGCAUCCCCGCCGCGAUGCUGCUGCGGCUCCUGGUGCUGCUGGGCGCCUGCCCGGGGCUGUCGCGGUGCCUCGGCUCCUUCGUGCAGUGCGAGCCCUGCGACGCCAAGGCGCUGUCGCUCUGCCCGCCGCCGCCGCUGGGCUGCGAGCUGGUGAAGGAGCCGGGCUGCGGCUGCUGCCUCACCUGCGCCCUGCCCGCCGGGCAGCCCUGCGGCGUCUACACGGAGCGCUGCGCCCGCGGGCUGCGCUGCCUCCCGCGGCAGGGCGAGGAGAAGCCGCUGCACGCCCUGCUGCACGGCACGGCCGUCUGCCUCAGCGAGAAGAGCUACCGCGAGCAAGCCAAGGCCGAACGGGAGUCUCGAGAGCAUGAGGAGCCGACCACAUCAGAGAUGACAGAGGAGACCUACCCACCCAAAGCCUACCGGCCCAAGCAUGGACGCCUCUCUGAGCUCAAGGCUGAGGCCUUGAAGAAGGACCGCCGGAAGAAGCUGACCCUGGCCAAGUUUGUGGGCAUGGCUGAGAACACGGCACACCCCCGUGUCAUCAUCCCCGAACUCCGGCAAGAGUUUGAGUUGGGCCCAUGCCGCAGGCACAUGGAGGCAUCCCUGCAGGAGCUCAAGAGCAGCCAGAGGAUGGUCCCCCGUGCUGUUCACCUCCCCAACUGUGACCGAAAGGGCUUCUACAAGAGGAAGCAGUGCAAGCCUUCCCGAGGCCGGAAGCGUGGGUUGUGUUGGUGCGUGGACAAAUACGGCAUGAAGCUGCCAGGGACUGACUACCUGAGUGGGGACCUGCAGUGCCAUGCAUUUGACAGCAGCAAUGUGGAGUGAAGUGACAUCCCCUCCCUCCACCCCCAUCACUACCUACCCAGGCUCCCUUCUACCCUCCCUUCUGCACCUCCCCGUACCCCGGGACUCCGACUCCUUUCAUCUCAUGUAAGAAGAAAAAAAGAAAGGAAAAGAAAAAUGAGAAAGGAAGGAAAAGAAAACAGAGAAAGGAAAAAUAUUGAGAGAGAAAGAAAGAAGUAAAGA